CCUUCUGAGCUGCGAUAUUGAUAGGCUACCAUAUUAAGACAUUUAAAAUAAAAUAAAAAUAUUAAUUUCCCCAGAGUGGAUAAAAAGUAACCUGUAAGUAGCCUAUCCCAACGUGUCAAAUUUAAUAGUGUGCUUUCACCUGAACAGUGCUGCAGUCCAUAACAUUAUUAUUAACCCGGAUUCCGGUUACAAGAUUGGAAGUGGAGAUGUUGGGAAAACAUUUUCUCUGGGUUUGUCUCCUUUCGGUGUCUAUUCCGUUAUGUUUCGCCGAAGACCUAAAGAGGGAUGCGCAUAUACAGCAUGAAAAUGAUUCAGUUUGGAGCCAAGGGAAACCCGGAAGACUGUUUGCCAGGAGAUGGAUUUUGCCACAUCAGGGACAGCACCACGUUGCAUUUCAGAAACACGAGCCUGCAGCCCCUGCCCGGCGGUGUGGUCGUCUGAUGGAUAGCUGUGCCCCUCACACCCCCUGCUGUGACCCCUGUGCCUCCUGCCGCUGUCGCCUCUUCAACACCAUCUGCCACUGCUGGAGACUGGGCCCACACUGCCCCAAGAAGACCUAGACAAACACACACACACACACACACACACACACACACACACACACACACACACACAC